AUGAAACAGAUCGGUGUUAACAUCCACAAUCUUGUUGGUCAGGGAUAUGACGGAGCCGCUGUUAUGAGUGGAAAAUGUGCCGGUGUUCAAGAGAAAAUUAGAACAAUCGUUCCGCAGGCUCUCUAUGUGCACUGUUUUGCUCAUCGCCUAAACCUCGUGAUCGUUCAGGCAGUAAAAAGUGUUGUCCCAGUGGCUGAUUUCUUUGCUGCGUUGCAAUUGUGUUACAACUUUUUGAGCGGUUCCAAUGUCCAUUCAAGAUGGAUUGCAUUUCAGAAAGACAUGUAUCCUAACGAACAGCCGGUUGAAUUUAAAACAAUGUCAGAUACUAGGUGGCAUACCUAAUUUUAGUGUGCAGUGAUAACCAAUUUGUGCAGUGAUAAAAGUAAAAUGUGCAGUGAUAAAAUGUAAAAUGUGCAGUGAUAAAAUUUGCUUUGAUAAGUUGUUAAUUAACACAAGAGAAUGAUUUAAUUGAAAUUGAAAUGAUGACUGCCAAAUUAUCGAAUUAAAUAAUAGUAUAUGUUUUUUGUACGAAAAUCAUGAGAUUCAGGCAAUUUUUAGUUAAUAUAUGCCUUUUGGUAUGUCCGGAAAAAUUUUGGCGACGGGGGGGGGGGAAGGUCGCCAAAAAUUUCCGAAUAUUCGGAAAUUUUCUUAAGUCAUUCGGAAAUUUUUGGCAUAAAAUGUGCAGUGAUAAAAAAUUCUUAAAAUUAGGUAUGCUAGGUGGGCUUGUCAAGUGCGCGCCGUCAGUGCUAUAAAAUCUCGAUUUGAGUGCCUAAUUAAAUUUCUUCGUCAUGUUGAUAACACUGAUGAUAAUCGUGAGCGAGCACUAGUCGCUCGCAAUGUUUUAGAUCAAAUUGAUCAGAAAUUUAUUUAUUGCAUGCUCCUUAUGCAUGAUUUGUUACUUGAAGCAAAAGGGGCAUCUGACACGCUCCAAAGUCCCGAGCUUAAUUUUCUUGAAGCCGCAAAUCUUAUUGAAUCUCUUAUUGAGGAGCUGGAAACAUAUCGCUCAGAGCAGAAAUCAGUUGAUUACUUUGAAAAUUCUUUAGAUAUGGCAAAAGAAAAUAACCUAAGUUGUUGCACGAACCAAUCAGUACGACAGAGCACGGUCCCAAGUAACUUGGAUAAUUUUGUAAUUUUAACCUCGAUCGGCAAACGUGAUACUAUUUCAGGAUCGUCUGAUAUGAAAAAAGUAGUAUUAUAUCCUGUAAUUGAUGUUUUUCUAAGUGAGCUCAGAAGGCGUUUCAGUGAACAAAAUCUUGAAAUUUUUCGAUCACUUUCAGGUCUAGAUCCAACAUCAAACAAAUUUCUAGAUUUUGAUAGAAUUUCACCGCUUGCAAGGCAUUACAAUUUAAACUUAGCAGACAUCCAAAUGGAAACAAAACAAGCUAAAAGAAUGCUUGAGAAAAAAGGGAAAGUCUUUGAAACAAUCGAUGAAUUUGCGGAAUUUUUAAAUCCUUUAAACUUAGCAUUUUCGGAACUCUGUAAAGCUGUCAAAAUUGCUAUGACCCUUCCG